UGCAGGGUCCGAGGGCGGGGCUAAGGAGGGCGGGGUUUGGAGAGGCCGCAGCGUCACCUGACCGCAGGAGGCUUCGCGCGGGGUGGGUGCUGCUUGCUGCAGGCUUUGGGGAGUCGCCAUGCCUACAACACAGCAGUCACCUCAGGAUGAGCAGGAAAAGCUCUUGGAUGAAGCCAUCCAGGCUGUGAAGGUCCAGUCAUUCCAGAUGAAGAGAUGCCUGGACAAAAACAAGCUUAUGGAUGCUCUGAAACAUGCUUCUAAUAUGCUUGGUGAACUCCGGACUUCUAUGUUAUCACCAAAGAGCUACUAUGAACUUUAUAUGGCUAUUUCUGAUGAACUACACUAUUUGGAGGUCUACCUGACAGAUGAAUUUGCUAAAGGAAGAAAAGUGGCAGAUCUCUAUGAACUUGUACAGUAUGCUGGAAACAUUAUCCCAAGACUUUAUCUAUUGAUCACAGUUGGAGUUGUAUACGUCAAAUCGUUUCCUCAGUCCAGGAAAGAUAUUUUGAAAGAUUUGGUAGAAAUGUGUCGUGGUGUGCAACAUCCCUUGAGAGGUUUAUUUCUUCGGAACUAUCUUCUUCAGUGUACCAGAAAUAUCUUACCUGAUGAGGGAGAGCCAACAGAUGAAGAAACAACUGGUGAUAUCAGUGAUUCCAUGGAUUUUGUACUACUCAACUUUGCAGAGAUGAACAAGCUCUGGGUGCGAAUGCAACAUCAGGGACAUAGCCGAGAUAGGGAAAAAAGAGAACGAGAAAGACAAGAACUCAGAAUUUUAGUGGGAACAAAUUUGGUGCGCCUCAGUCAGUUGGAAGGUGUAAAUGUGGAACGUUACAAACAGAUUGUUUUGACUGGGAUAUUGGAACAAGUUGUGAAUUGUAGGGAUGCUUUGGCUCAAGAAUAUCUCAUGGAGUGUAUUAUUCAGGUUUUCCCUGAUGAAUUCCACCUUCAAACUUUGAAUCCUUUUCUCCGGGCCUGUGCUGAGUUACACCAAAAUGUAAAUGUGAAAAACAUAAUCAUUGCUUUAAUUGAUAGAUUAGCUUUAUUUGCUCACCGUGAAGAUGGACCUGGAAUCCCAGCAGAUAUUAAACUUUUUGACAUAUUUUCACAGCAGGUGGCUACAGUAAUACAGUCUAGACAAGACAUGCCUUCUGAGGACGUUGUGUCUUUACAAGUCUCUCUCAUUAAUCUUGCUAUGAAGUGUUACCCUGAUCGUGUGGACUAUGUUGAUAAAGUUCUAGAAACUACAGUGGAGAUAUUUAAUAAGCUCAACCUUGAACAUAUUGCUACCAGUAGUGCAGUUUCAAAGGAGCUCACCAGACUUUUGAAGAUACCUGUUGACACUUACAACAAUAUUUUAACAGUCUUGAAAUUAAAACAUUUUCACCCACUUUUUGAGUAUUUUGACUAUGAGUCCAGAAAGAGCAUGAGUUGUUACGUGCUUAGUAAUGUUCUGGAUUAUAACACAGAAAUUGUCUCUCAAGACCAGGUGGAUUCCAUAAUGAAUUUGGUAUCCACAUUGAUUCAGGAUCAGCCAGAUCAGCCCAUAGAAGACCCUGAUCCAGAAGACUUUGCUGAUGAGCAGAGCCUUGUGGGCAGAUUCAUUCAUCUUCUACGGUCUGAGGACCCUGACCAGCAGUACUUGAUUUUAAACACGGCACGAAAACAUUUUGGAGCUGGUGGAAAUCAACGGAUUCGCUUCACACUGCCACCUUUGGUAUUUGCAGCUUACCAGCUGGCGUUUCGCUACAAAGAGAAUUCUAAAGUGGAUGACAAAUGGGAAAAAAAAUGCCAGAAGAUUUUUUCAUUUGCUCACCAGACUAUCAGUGCUUUGAUCAAAGCAGAGCUGGCAGAAUUACCCUUAAGACUUUUUCUUCAAGGGGCUCUAGCUGCUGGAGAAAUUGGUUUUGAAAAUCACGAAACAGUAGCAUAUGAAUUUAUGUCCCAGGCAUUUUCUCUGUAUGAAGAUGAAAUCAGUGAUUCCAAAGCACAGCUUGCUGCCAUCACCUUGAUCAUUGGUACUUUUGAGAGGAUGAAGUGCUUCAGUGAAGAGAAUCAUGAACCUUUGAGGACUCAGUGUGCACUUGCUGCAUCCAAACUUCUGAAGAAACCAGAUCAGGGCCGAGCUGUGAGCACCUGUGCACAUCUCUUCUGGUCUGGCAGAAACACAGACAAAAAUGGGGAAGAGCUUCAUGGAGGCAAGAGGGUAAUGGAAUGCUUAAAGAAAGCUCUGAAAAUAGCAAAUCAGUGCAUGGACCCCUCUUUACAAGUGCAACUUUUUAUAGAAAUUCUGAACAGAUAUAUCUAUUUUUAUGAAAAGGAAAAUGAUGCGGUCACAAUUCAGGUUUUGAACCAGCUUAUCCAAAAGAUACGAGAAGACCUCCCAAAUCUUGAGUCCAGUGAAGAAACAGAGCAGAUUAACAAACAUUUUCAUAACACACUGGAGCAUUUGCGUUUGAGGCGGGAGUCACCAGAAUCUGAGGGGCCAAUUUAUGAAGGUCUCAUCCUUUAAAAAGGAAACUGGCUCACCAUACUUCUUUCCAUGUACAUCCAGUAAGGGUUUUAUUAUACUAGGUUUCCCCUCCAUAGAUUGUGCCUUUCAGAAAUGCUGAGGUAGGUUUCCCGUUUCUUACCUGUGAUGUGUUUUACCCAGCACCUCCGGACACUCACCUUCAGGACCUUAAUAAAACUAUUCACUUCAUAAGUGCUCAAUCUGUCUGAUCACCCCAGGUAGCAUGAUUGAUCUGCUAUUUAAAACUCCUGUGAUCUGUAAACAAAACAAAACAAAACAAAAAAACAAAACCCACCAACAACAAAAAAAACAGCAAACCACCACUUAUCUCAGCUACUAAUGAAGACCUUCUUCCUUUA